GGCGCAGAGGUCGCAGGGAAGAGAAACCCACCGCUCCAUGUUGCUCUCAGACAGCCUCGAUGUAGCGUCGGACGACUGCUGAAAAAGCUGCUCGAUUGAAAGAGAGAGAAAAAAAGGAAAUUAUGACUGAAAACAUCUGGGUGCGGCACACUUUUAGAUGAAAAGGUUUCGCUCUGUCGGAGGUCGUUGGCAUUUUUUGCCUUUUUGUAUUUCCUUGCUGUGAAUGUCGUGGACAUUUUGGAUUUUUUUUUUUUAAUGCUUUGUGUCAUUAAGUCUUAACCAAAUUAAGAAGCGUUUUUUUCCCCUCUCGCCGUCGGUUGGUUUGAGUAAAGUAAAUACUUUUGAUCGUGGGGACGACGACGCUGAACAACUUGAGGACGGUUUGCUGAGGAGGAGAAUUGUGCGUAAUGGGCCAGCUUCGACUUGCUCUUUAAGGGGGGCAACGUUAGCUCGCUGCUAACACACUAGCGAACCCAUAUUGAACUCAAGCAAAGCUGGGCAGCUAAUGCCCACUUCCCGACAUAUAUAUUUUGGGAUAGUAGCACCCUGCCCCACUACCUGGACACCACUGACUGAGACGCUGACUCGACAGUAAUCCAGAUAAGCAAAUUGUCGCGGUUGGAUCUAUCAUCAGUCGUCCACUGGGAUCCAGGCGCUUGAGUCCUAAAUGACAAGUGCCUGAGGAUGUCCAAGCGGAGCUUGUUUGUUCGCCUGGUGCCAUGCCGCUGCUUGCGGGGUGAGGAGGAGGCGGUGACAUCGCUGGACUACUCCCACUGCAGCCUGGAGACGGUUCCUAAGGAGAUCUUUAGCUUUGAGAAGACCCUGCAGGAACUCUUCCUCGAUGCCAACCAGAUCGAGGAGCUGCCUAAACAACUGUUUAACUGCCAGUUACUCCACCGACUGAGCAUUCCAGAUAAUGACGUGACGGUGUUGCCGGCAGCCAUCGCAAACCUCAUCAAUCUCAGGGAGCUUGACGUCAGCAAAAACAGUAUCCAGGAGUUUCCGGAAAACAUCAAGAAUUGCAAAGUCCUAACUAUCGUAGAAGCCAGUGUGAAUCCCAUAUCCAAGCUCCCAGAUGGUUUCACCCAGCUCCUGAGUCUGACGCAGCUCUACCUGAACGAUGCCUUUCUGGAGUUCUUACCAGCCAGUUUUGGCAGGUUGACUAAACUACAGAUCUUGGAGCUGAGAGAGAACCAGUUAAAGAUGUUGCCAAAAAGCAUGCAGAAGCUCACGCAGCUGGAGAGGCUGGACCUGGGCAGUAAUGAGUUCACUGAAGUGCCUGAGGUGUUGGAGCAGCUGACUGGAAUCAAGGAGCUGUGGAUAGACGGGAACAGACUGACGUUCUUGCCUGGGAUGCUGGGGAUGCUCAAACAGCUGGUGUACCUGGAUGUGUCCAAGAACAACUUGGAGAUGGUAGACGAGCAAAUCUGCGGCUGUGAGAAUCUGCAGGAUCUGCUGCUGUCCAACAACGCCCUCACACAGCUGCCAGGCUCCAUCGGCUCACUGAAGAAACUGACUGCACUGAAGGUGGAUGAGAACCAGCUGAUCUACUUGCCGGACUCGGUCGGAGGACUGACAUCUCUGGAUGAGCUGGACUGCAGUUUUAAUGAGAUCGAAGCCUUGCCCUCUUCCAUCGGCCAGUGUGUCAGCAUCCGCACCUUUGCUGCAGAUCACAACUUCCUCACCCUGCUUCCCCCCGAGAUGGGCAACUGGAAGAACGCAACUGUGCUGUUCCUACAUUCCAACAAGCUGGAGUCUUUGCCUGAGGAAAUGGGCGACAUGCAGAAGCUUAAAGUCAUCAAUCUCAGCAACAACAAGUUGAGGAAUCUCCCCUACAGUUUCACUAAACUGAACCAGAUGACUGCAAUGUGGCUGUCUGAGAAUCAGUCAAAGCCCCUGAUCCCUCUCCAGAAAGAGGAGGACCCAGAGACGCACAAGACUGUGCUGACCAACUACAUGUUCCCCCAGCAAACCAGGACCGAGGAGUACAUCCCCAACUCUGACUCUGAAAGCUUCAACCCAGCUCUCUGGGAGGAGCAGCGCAAGCAGCGAGCUCAGGUGGCCUUCGAGUGUGACGAGGACAAGGACGACAGAGAAACACCCCCGAAGGAGGGAAACCUGAAGCGCUACCCGACACCAUACCCAGACGAGCUGAAGAACAUGGUGAAGACGGCCCAGUCUGUGGCUCACAGGCUUAAGGAGGACGAGUCGAGUGACGAGUCGGGGAAGGAUGCGAAACCUAAUGAGAGGAACCACAUUGGAGUGCAGGACGUGGGAGUUAAGGUGAUAGAGGCUCCCUAUCCCAAUGGCACGGCGUCAGACAUGGAGUCCCAAAUAUCCACCCACAACACGUUUUCCCACAACCCCUCCGCAACAGAAUCAAAAGACACAUCGGAGUCUUACAGCGCUCAGAAAGUCCCUCUCAAACCCUCGGGGGGCUCUAUGAUGAACCAUGAGGACACACUGGAUUCUGACGAGCUGUCUGAUGAAGAGGAGGAGAUGAAAAUUGCAGAGAUGAGACCCCCUCUUAUUGAGAUCUCCAUCAACCAGCCUAAAGUAGUGACUUUAACUAAGGACAAAAAAGAUGACGCCGACUCUUUGCUGGAUGACACAGUGGCCAACAGCAACCAGAACAACAGUAACUGUUCGUCGCCAUCACGCAUGUCUGACUCGGUGUCUCUGACCACAGACAGCAGUCAGGACAACUCCCUGUGCACCCCUGAGAGAGAGGCAAAGAUGCCCUUCCUACCAAAAAGCCGACAAGAGGAUGAGAAUAUGAACCAGCCUAAAGACAGCACCCCUCUCCUCCAUAAUGGAAAUGGCUCUGAGACGUCCCUCCAGGCCCUUUUGAAAACCCAGCAGACUCCGCCAGAUAAAAUGGGCGACUACGAACUGUCAUUGGAAGCCAGGCUGGCCUUCAUUGAGAAGCGAUUUAACAACGGCAUGGGAGAAUCCUACACCAAGUGGGACCAGAUCAAUAUGAACGUGUCCAAGUUGCCAACGGACAACAUGGUUCAGCUGGACGAGGUGGACAAAACAAAGAACUGUUCAGUAACCCAGGACUUGGACGGCAAGCAGGGUUUUGGCAACGACAACAUGGAGGAGCGUUUUCUGAAUGGAAACCAGCAGGCCGGCGACUGCAUCAAUAGUCUGGGGAACAAAAGCCAAGCGAUGAGAGUUGAGGCCGCACAUGUGGCCUCGACAGGCGUGACAGCCAGCAGUGACAUGUCUCUGUCUCGCAGCACAGAGGAACUGUCUCCAGAUAAAAGGUGCCAUCCCCCGCAGGUGUCGAAGUCUCACAGUGUCAGCAACAUAGAAGCGGGAGGCCUGAAGCUGUACUCCUUCGACGGGGAUGAUGACUCCUAUGACGCGGCGGGAAUGACUAGGAUGGCAGGGGCCGGCCCGGGGGCUCAGGGCCAGAGCAUCGUCCGGAGCAAGUCCGCCAGUCAGUUACUCAACGACCAGACUCUCCAGAUCUACCCCGGCUCCUCUGCGUCUUCCUCAGACCUGCUCUCCUCCUCUCAGCCCCCUGCCAGCACCAGCAGAUAUCCAGUCUCCUCCAGCAUGGCCAUGGGCAUCCCUCCCCCUCAGUACAAUAUACAGUAUGCGAGCAGUGGCAUGCCUAAAGAGGGCCUCUGGUCCCAGAGGACACCCAUGCCCCCAGAGCACCAAGGUUACCUCCCUCCUCCUCCACACUCACUAGCCAACACCAACUACUCCAACCGUAAUCAAGCACCUCCGUACUCUCUACAGCCCCAGCAAAGGGGGACUCCCAUGGCUCCCAAACUCUCUGGGGACAUGUGGACUAAGGAGAGACUUCAUUCUGCUGGAGGCCAGGGUAGAAGCAGCACUCUGCAGAGGCAAAGCAGCACGGCCUCCACAGCCUCCAUAACCUCCAUGGGCGACCCGAGGCGCAUACAGGUGCCUGAAGGGGACUACAUGACGUACAGGGACAUCCACACCCUCGCUAGGGGGCCGCUGGCAAUGAGCCAUGCCAUGCAGAGGCCCCUGUCAGCCCGCACCUACAGCAUCGACGUCCCCGGAGCUUCCCGGCCCGUCAACGCCAGGCCGCAGCCCCACGAGCUCUCAGAGAGGACCAUGUCUGUCAGCGAUUUCAACUACCAUCAAGGCAGUCCGAGCAAGAGGCCCAACGCCAGGGUGAAGUCUGAGCACUCGCUGCUGGAUGGGCCCGGACAGGUGUCGGGAGGAGUUGGGGCAGGAAGGGUGCCGGCUGAUUGGAGGGACCAGGUGAUGCGGCACAUCGAGGCCAAGAAAAUGGAAAAGAAUGCGCUGUCUCGCUCCUAUAAUUCCAAUAACGCUCCGCUGAGCUGGUCUCACUACGGCAGCUGUAGGGAUAUACAUGCCAGCCAAGGGUCUCUGGUCUUUAGUGCCAGGGACGGACAGCCCUACGGAGCUCUGGGCUUCUGUGAUGAUGUGUUUCCCCAAGCGCAGCAGAGCUACACCUUGGAUCACCACAGAAAAGUGCCUUUGAUGAACGGUCAGAUGGGCCCUUCUGUUCGUCCUCAGGUGAACCAGGCGCCCAUGGCCCGCCACCCUUCCAGAGAGCAGCUCAUUGAUUACCUGAUGCACAAAGUCUCCCAUCAGCCCCCGGGGCCCCCACGCGUUCCGCAGGACGCAGUGCAAGAGAUCCGUGUGAAAGUGGAGAAGAAUCCAGAGCUGGGAUUCAGUAUAUCAGGAGGAGUGGGCGGCCGGGGAAAUCCCUUCCGACCAGAUGACAAUGGUAUAUUUGUGACAAGGGUUCAACCUGAAGGACCAGCAUCCAUGAUUCUUCAGCCAGGAGAUAAAAUCCUACAGGUUAAUGGAUAUAGCUUUGUGAAUAUCGAUCAUCUGCAUGCAGUGUCCCUCCUGAAGACGUUUCCAAACACUGUGGAUAUGAUUAUCAUAAGAGAAGCGCAAGCAUAGACUCAACUGAAACUGACCCCAAAAGCGGACGAACAGAGAAAUUUAUGUUGACUCUCAUAUUUUUAUACGCAGAGGAGACUGACCUGUUGGGACUAUUUAUAGUAGAGAUCUUCAUAGCCUUGAUUAAACAGGGAAAACCACUGAAUGUAGUGGAUUAAAGUGAGAAGGAGGCGAACCUCUGCAAGUACGAGUCCUCAAAAGGCCAUCACUGUGGUAUAUAUAUUUUUAUACAAAAGAAGCUGAAGAUAUGACCUGCUCUGAUGCAAGUGAUUACUGUGGUCUCUGUACAGAUCAUCUUUCAUUUUGUCCAAAACUCAUAAAUCCUUUAUCAUAAAUAGGGUUUUAUUUCUGUGGAUCGACAUGAAUUGACCACUUGGGGACAGAAUUCCCUCUCCUCUGUCAUCUAAUUUGCCUUUUUUUUUUUUUUUUUUUUUUUAACUUCUAAUUUGAGAUGUUGAAACCAUUUUCUGAUCUGCAGUGCGAUCUUAUAUGGAGGACAAUGUUACGUGCUUUUCGUGUGGAGACGAAUGUAGAUCAAGGAGGUGUUUUGAUUUAGAUUUUUGAGAUUUUUGAGAUUUCUCUUGCAAGAUCGAAGAGUUGAGAAGAGGAGAUCAUCCACCCCUGCUUCCAUAAACCUGUGAACACCCUCCAGCGCACACUUCUGUCCCCAGUUUCCCCCCCC